AAUCGGGAAAGCGUCGAAAACCCAAAUCCAAACGUCGCCGCAAACCGCGCGAUCCCCAGGCCCAAAGCGCCGCCGUUCAUGAGCUUCCUCGCCGGCCGCCUCGCCGCCAAGGAGGGCGCGUACUUCCUCCAGGAGUCAAAGACUGCCGUCGGCCGCCUCGCGGAGAAGCUCCCGCCCUCCGCUUCGGCGCCCGGGGGUGCGUCGGCGCAGCCCUCCCCCGACGUGCUACCGGAGAUCCUCCGCCACUCCGUGCCCAUCAAGGGGACGCCGCCCCCGGCCGAAGCCUCCCUCUCCGCGUCCUCCCGCUGGGCCCUCCCGCCGGGCGGCGGCGAGGCUGCGGGCUUGCACCCCGACGCGCUCAACCCGCUCCGCUCCUACGUCUCGCUGCCGCAGGCCACCUUCGGCCCCAAAAGAUGGCAGCUUCCGAACGAACAACCUAACUACUUGGCGUCAACAGCAAAUGAAAGGCGGCGAGAUCGGGCCCCACCUCCCUUGGACCCUGAGAAUUUGAAAGCCGUAAUUGCUGGUUACUCACAGAUUGGGAAGGCAUUCAUUACUGCAACUUUUAUGGUGUUUGGAGGAGCAACAGCUGUGCUGUUGUACACAGCAGAUAAGCUACAGUUGCAUUCAGUAGAUGAUGUUAAAACUAAAGGAAAAGAUGCACUGCAGCCACGAGCUGAUAUGAUUAAAGAACAAAUAGCUCCAUUAAGAAGUUGGGCUGAAGAAAUGUCCCGAAAAUGGCAUUUCGAAGGUGGUAAAGAAGCUAAGGAGAAGUCUGGCAUCGUUAAAGAACUUUCAAGAAUUUUGGGCUCCAGGACUCCCCCUGGUUGAUCAACAAUGACAUACGGCUGUUGUAAAUCCACCGUCCACUUUGUUGUAUGCGUCCUUAUCGUUUCCAUAUGUUUGUGUAUAGGAAACAAAACAUCCUGACAUCUAGUUUGGAUGUAUAUAUUGGAGUAUAGAAUUGGAAUUGGAAUCA